AGCACAGUGGAUAGCUGUAAGCAUUUUUGGAAGACAAACCAAAUGUCAUUCUUCUCCCUUAUGUUUAUAUUUAUUUUAUUUUAAUUCCUAAUGCCAUUGUAACUGGCAAACGGUGUUACAAUGCAUUGGUAUCAACCUGAUACUUUUUGCAUCCUCACUGUGCUUACUGAAGGAUCAAAAACGAACCCAAAAAAAUCAUCACGCCCUUACCAAUUACGGCACGUUCGUCUGCAAUUUUAAGUUAGAUAAUAUGAAGUACCCACAGUUAAUUUCCCUGCCCUCAGAGAUUUCUGAUUGGCUUGAAGAACAACUCGAAGCACGUGGCAUUGAUGCUGUGGUCUACACCCGCUACAUAUUGAGCUUACUUCAUCGUGACACGGCAGACAUAAUUUGUUCUUAUCAAGAUAACCAAUUUAAAGCAUAUGAUAAGGAUUUGAAGCGUUCCCGUGGAGGUCGCAAACGUUUUCGUCGCUCUUCUGAGUGGUUAGGGCAUUCACAGGCCGAUGCGGACGAACUGAAACGUUCGGCUGCUGUUGAGUGCCUACUGUCUGCCUCUGACCAGGAUUGUGGAAUUGAGUCUUUGGUGGAUGAAUUGUGUGAAAAAUUGAAACAAUACAAAAAUGGGUCCACUAAUGUGGUUGAACCACCAUCAACGAACGUCAUUUCAAAUAAGGCCGUUCACGAUGUAUCACCACUUGAUUUAGCACGUCAGUAUUAUGCCGCUUUUCCUCCUUUAUCUCAUACGUCGCUUAGGUCGCCUGGCACGGUCUUGACUUUCAUGCCGCAAUGUUAUACUUCUCCAAAAAAGAAGGGAACGCGUCGGCGCAAUCGUUCUUCAAGUUGCGGUGAAAAAUUGCUAUACAAGAAAGAGUGCGAAAAUAUUAAGACCCGUACAAGUAGCAAACAUAAAUACGGAAACCGUAGCAAGAAUACGGAUUUUUGUUCUGAUACUUGGAACGUCUUAUUUACUAAAAAAUUCCUGAAAAGCGACUCAGAUAAAGGGGAUAACGUGAAAAAGGAAAAGUCGAAUCUAUCUAGCAAAAAUUUUAAUAAUCAAAACGACUACGGCUCCCUUGGAAUCUGGGAUAACUGUAGAGAAAACGAAAUGUACGAAGACCUACCUGUAGAUAUUAUAGAAUUACUUGAUUCCCCAAGUCCUCACGACUACACCGUCGAAAUGAUGAAUUUAGCUAAUAUAAAGGAAGUCGGAAAUAAGUCUUUCAUACACAGCGGUACAAACAUAACAAGCUCUAUUUGGUCGGUAGAUGCCGGUGAAGAUAAGCUGCGAGACGAUUUUAGAGAAAACAAUUCAGAAACAGUCUUAGGGUUCAAAUUCAGUUCAUUAACUAUGGACUGCAACGCUUCGAGAAAUAUAUGGUCAAACGUGUCUGAAGAAAACAAAAUGUUGGACACUGACAGAAAUAACACGUAUUCGGAACUGUUCUUCGGUAAUAAUCGGGAAUCUUCAGAAGUCAAAAAUCAUCCGUGGCACAUAUCAACUACUGCAAUGAAGAAAUGGUCCGAGGGGGAGUACAACACUGAUCGUCACACGAACAUCCUAAUCAAGAGUUUAAUUAAGAUAAAUCAUAACCGCGAGUGUAGUUCAUUUAUAGAGGUCUGUCCUAAAGGCCCUAUAAAUCGCAUAAUGCCAUCGGAUACUUCUGCUGUGAAUUUAUUUUCUUCCACAAAAUAUGCAAGUCAUUUUCGGAAAUUUUAUGACGAUAAGCGCGAUGACGAGAAUCUCCUAACUUCCGAUAAUAGUCAUUUCAAACCUAUUAAUUUCAAAAAGGAAAUGACAGAAGCUCAUGUUAAUCGUCAAUAUGCUGAUGGGACAAGUUUUAUUAUUUCGAGUAACUUAGACAAGCCAAAUUACAAGCGCAGCAACAGUGGUUAUUUGUAUUUAGAGUCGGAAGGAGGAAGCCACCAAAAGGUAAAAGAAUUGGGCAACGAUAACGAUACCGAGGGCAAGAUGAAGCAAGAAUUUGUGUUGAAGUUUUUCAUCAAGCAAAACGACAAGGCUUGUCAAACGGAUACGAUUGAGCUUGAAAGUAUGUCCACAAUGGACGUCGAAAUGGAUAACUCUCAAGUAGUUCCGUGUAAAAAAAGGAAUAUUAGUGAAUCUGACUUUUAUUUCCCAGGUGAUCAAGAUUUACUGUCAGAAACGAAAGUCACUGAAGAAAAACCAAGCGACAUUUGGAUCUUCGACCAGAAACUCGACUCGAGUCCGGAUGGCAUUAUGACAGAAAUCAUGUGGAAGUAUGAUGGCGAAGGUUGCGCUCGAUGCAACAAGAACCAAUGGGAUAACGGUGACUGGGUCUUACCCGAGCCGGACAAGUCAAUUUGGCAAGUAGACAAAGACUCUCUACGCAAUAUAUGGAAUGGGGGCGAAAUUUGCACCGACUGUUGCUCCUCCAAUGGCCGGGGCAAAUUUCCAUUACAAAGCCAACUGCGAGAGGAUAUCAGCCAGGAUGGUGAGCAGCUUCUGUCUGAUCUGAGCACUUUACAGAAAACUUAUAUGGAACACCUGCCGGUAGCCGAGGUAAGCUAUGACAUAAACGAGUUAUUAACCGCGGUUAAUGAUCGGAAACGCCGUCAUUCGCCCGUCCCGGCACAAACGUCUCAUCACCGUGGCUCCUGGAGUUUAGCGUCCAGCGUUAAACAGGACCACCUGAUGCACAUGAACUCGGUGCCCGUCUUGCACUCGGUUACACUUUAAAUGUUUUGUGCACACACGCCUACACAUGUACGUAAUCGCUUCUGUUUUUUCGGUUAUUUUCCUUCUGAACCGAGCAAACGAUAAGCGUCUGCCAUAUUUGUUUCAGCGCAGGCGCAAUGCGACACGUUGCUUAUUUGACUGCGUGCGAAAGGAUUGUUUGAUUUGUUAAUCCUAACUCAAAGUAAAUGUAAAGGUGAAAUGUAAAUACGUAAAGGUUUAAACAAAGUAUUCAUUCUUAACAAACAGUGGAAUAUGCGGAUAAUUUGACCAUCUGUGAAUAACACUCUCGUUUAGGUAGCAGUACAUAAUUCAUUUAGUAUCAUAUACAACAUGAAUAUUUUCUUCGUAGGUCAAGUCAAAUUUGUAGCGUUCGCUUUCUACGAAUUUUAAAUUUUUCUAAAAAAUGUGUGUGCACUUUCAAAUGUGUUAUUUGUUAGGCGGAUGUUUUAUUAUUAUUAUGUUGAAAAGUAGGCAAAUAGCAAAUUAAUUUUUUUUUUGACGGAAAAACGUUGUUCGAAGGGGAAGCAAUUUUUUCUGACCUAGCCUUUCCCUUUACUUGCCGUUCUUUUUUUUUUUUCGUCUCAUUGUUGAUCAGUUUGUUUUUUUUUAUACACUUCAGUUAUUAGAGAAAAUAUAAUAAAUGCGAAUCGGUUGCUUAAAAAAAAAGUAGCGACGUGAAUAGCUUAUAUAUCGUGAAUACAAUAUUUAUUCAUUCGUGUUUAAAACAUGGAGAAAAAAAAAACAAAAAAAGCAAUAUUCGUGAAUACUAUACAUAGUAAGUUGUUUCAUUCUGUUGAGAAAAAAUGGAUCUUUAUAGUUAACAUAUUUCCAUUGAAAAUUGUUGUUUUUUAUUUAUUCUAUAGAACCUUUAAAUGAAAAGAAUCGGCGUCCCUAAUGCGUUAAGUUAGACGCCUUAUGUAGUACAUUUUUAAAAUUAACGUGUUAUUUUCACUUUCAAAUACAUUAAAUGUAAUAUUUUAAAACGUUUUUGAAUUGUGAAAUUUGCGAAUUAUAAUACGCACACUAUUCGUAUUAAUUACUUUAUUAAAUUGUCGUUUUCGUUUUGAUUACAAUAAUGUUAUAUAUGGGUGAGAAUAAAAAAACUUCAUCAUCUUAAAUUAAAUUAUCUAAUCAUCAUCUAAUCAUAAUGAUUAAAAUGAAAUUAAUUGAUUAAUAUUAAUAUAACGGCUGUAAGGAUUCAUUUUAGUACGGUUCGAAAUAUGCACGUGUAUUCCAGUUACAACGUUUUGCUUCUACAUGCAGUGUAUGUUUAUAUCCAUUAAUAUUCGUCAUUAACGCAAUUCAUCUUUGCUUUGUUUGUGAGUGUUAUCAUGAUCAUUUAAAGAAGGAAAAUAAAAAAAAAUAUAAAACACUAGUAAAAAUUUCUUAAAUAUGCUUCAUAUUUGCCUAAAACUAUUGUUAUUGUAAACAUAUAUUGUAAGUAAGGAAUUCGUAAAUUCGUAAUAACUAGAAUACACUAUAUUUUUUUCGUGGCAGAUAUUGUCAGAAAACUGUAGUUUGAUAAAAUUAAAAUCUGUCAUGGAAAUCAAAACAUUAUGCAGUCCAAUUGAAAUCGUUAUCGAUAUUUAGUUCUAUAUUAUGUAAUUUCCAAUUAUUAUAGAAUGGUUGUUGAAUUUUUUAUCGUUAAUUGUUUCGUAUAAUUUUUUUUAAAGAUAUUUACUUAUAAAAAUCAACAAUUAUUAAAAUUAAUGUAAUUUAAAAUCCGUUAUUUUGUUAUAUGUACUAAGUAAAUUGAAUUGUAAAUAAUUCUAUCAGGCCCAUUACGUUUAUAUGUUGCUAUAAUGCAGUAAUUUUUUUAUCAAAAUUUUGAAGUUGCACGUUAAAAUAUACAUAUUUUAAGUUUGUAGGAACA